UGUUAAAUAAUUCUGAUUUCUGAUCAUUUGAAUUUAUAUCGGUGUAUAGUUAAUAUGAAAUACCUUUCUGUAAUACUACUGGCUAGCUGUUGCUAUACUGCUAGAUGUAUCUUACCACCUUACCACGAGUGCGGUCCAAGUACAUCUCAUAGUAAAACUGGAGUAUUGAAAUCUUUGGAUAUUGGUUGUGCUGGGUUAAGUGCUCAUAAUGCUUGUAAGCUAAAGCGUGGAACAGAUGUGUCAAUAACAACAAACUUUACUUCAAAUGUUAAUACGAACAAAGUAACAACAGUGGUUCAUGGUAUACUUAAUGGUGUCGCUGAAGUUUUUCUUCACCUACUUAGCAAGGAUGGAGAGGAAGGUGUGCGUUUUAACGGAGUCACCGAGGACGCUUGCAUAAGCAAUGUUAACCAUUGUAAUAUAACCAAAGGGGAGAUUAUCCACUAUACCAAUACAUUGCCUGUCGACGUCCAUUACCCGCUGCUCCGUUUGACCGUAAAAUGGGAAAUUAGAGAUGACCAGAACAACAAUCUAGUUUGCAUUAAAAUACCAGUUGAAAUUGUGAAUUAAACCGAGCUUGCUAACAUGGUAGAAUUUCGA